AUGAAGACAAAUGCAGAAGAACAGAUGAAUGUAGAUGAUGGAUGUAGUACCAUUACACCACAGUUUUCAGCAACCUCCGACCAAGCCGCCAAUGAUAGUAACAACAACAGCAUGAACGUGUCCAUGGAAUCUUGCAACAGCGAACCAACAGAUGCAACGGCAGCAACUGCCAAUGCAGCCAAUCCAAUCAUUCCCAUUGAUGUAGAUGCUGAUGACGAAAAUUUUACUGCAUUGAAUAAGAGUCAACUUCUUAAUCUUAACGGUGUCAAAAAAGAGGCGGAAAAAUUGGAACAACUCAAAAAUAAAGAAAUGAAAGAAAGGCAAAAGCAAGAAGAAAAAGAAAAAAAAGAAAAAGAAAAAAAUGAAUUAAAAAUGAGAAAGGAAAAGGAAAAAGAGGAUAAGGAACGAGAGAGAGAGGAAAAGAGAAGACAGAAGUUGGAGCAAGUUGAAGAGAAGAAGAAGAAAGAAGAAGCUAAGUUGGAGGGAAAGCGAAAGAAGGAAGAAGAAAAAAAUAAAACUGAAAAAGAGAAGCAACUGAUGCAAAAUUUUUUCAUAAAAACAACGAAGAAACAAACUGCUAUCUCCACAAAGCAACCAAAUGACUCCGUCAAUCCUCUCUUCAUGCCUUUUGAGUUGAAGUCGGACAUGAGGCUGGCACCCUGCACACGAUACAACAGGACCAACUUAACUGAACGAAAGCGCAGUUUGGAGCAUUUUCUAACAUCUAGAGUGAUUUCAAUUGAAUUUUUUUUUCUUAGAGAUGAAGAUGAGCUGAUCAUUAUCACAAACGCUUCUGAAGGCAGUGCAGCAACUGUUGAUGAUCAGAUGAAACCAAUCAUGAAGAAGAUGAAGUUUCUCCAGUUUCAUGACAACUAUAGACCAGCAUACUAUGGCACUUGGAUGAAAAAGAGCAGUUCUGUAUCAGGCCGAAGACCAUUUGCAAAGGAUUCCAAGCAUCUGGAUUACGAGGUGGAUUCUGAUGAGGAGUGGGAAGAAGAGGAACCUGGAGAGAGUAUCGUCAACUCUGAAGGGGAAGAAGAGACAGAAGAUGCGGAAAAGGUUGAAGAAGAAGGGGAUGAUGAUGAAUUUUUCGUUCCCCAUGGUUACCUUUCUGAAGGGGAGGGAUGUGAUGAGGGUGACGAAGAUGAUUUUUCUCCAGAAGCCCUGAAGCAGAUGCAAAUGUUGAAAGCUAAAAAUUUUGAAGCUAGCAUGAAAUGUAACAAAAUCGAGAAACUCCAGCCAGUGUUCCAUGGCCUGUUCUUCUGGAACCCCUACUAUACCAGCAAUUCUUCUAACAACAAAACUCCAGCAGAUAAAAAAUAUGAAGACAUGGCCAAAUUCUUUAAAGAUUUCAUGGCUGUUCCGAUCAACUAUGAGUUUCCUAUUGACCUCAACGAGCCUGCAUCAUCAAGUAUCACAUCAAGUCCCUCAGAAGUGCCACUCACCCAAGACAAAUCUACAUCUAAAAAACGAAUAUAUGCAGUUCCAGAGGAAGCUAUCCCUUUUCUGAUCAAGUUGGUUCAUGGCUGCUAUUGGAGUUCUGAUAAAAUGACAAGAGAGUUCAAACAUUUUUGGCUUACUCGCAACAAAUUAGAUGCAUCAAAUUCUCAAAUACCUGAAAUUAAUGAUGAUGAUAAUUUUGUUAUUUCAAAAAGACAACUUGAAGCAAAAAUAAAAGAAAUUGCAACUUACAAAAAAGAUGCAAAGCAUUCAAACAGGUUGUGGUAUGUCAAUGAUGAUAUACUUAUAAAAUACCAACUUCAACACUUGCCAAUUCCUUCUGCAUGGGAAUGGUCGAACGCUCCGUCAUCAAGCAGACGACAUCUGUCUACAAACGCAACUCCAUCUCAGCCACAGGAAGUUGAACCAAUUAUGAAUAAGGAGGCUAGAACACCAAAAAUGUCGAUGAAGAUUAAUACUCCUCAGUCCACAGGUAAAAUUUCAAACUUUCUCGUUAAAAGGCAGUCUCAACAAUUGAGCACUAGCGUCAGAAAAAAUAUAUCUCCGUCCUACAAUGCAGUCAUGAGUGAUAGUACAGUGAAAAGACGUGGAUCAGAUUCCAGUAGGUUCCCUUCCGAAUCUGCAUUCUCACCCGUUGAUGGCGCUGCUCAAGGUGUUACUUCCUUUGAAAAUCGAAAACAAAAUCGAAUUGAUGCAGAUAAGACUAAUGCUGCUGUUGCUGUUUCCAACACUCCCUCAACAUCAAAGAAACGUUCCUCAGAAGUCGAUUUGGGCCCGGUAUCGAAACGACCGAAUAAAUCUGCUCAUACCUUUGAUGAAGACUCAUCUGAAGACUGUGUUAUUAUUGAUCCAGCUCCUUGCUUUGUUUCCUUAUCACCUCUGAAAGAUUUAAAUUCUGGACCUACAAGUCCUAAGUUAGUUGAUACUUCCAAGAUAGAAUCAGUCUCAAAGGCCACUCAAAAAGAGGAAGCUAGCAAAUUAAAUAAGUUGGACAUAGGUAGGGAAAAUCAGGCUGUGCCUCUUGACUCCUACACUGGUAAGACGAGUAACUUAAAAAACAUUGCCAGCUUUUUUAAUUUAGAACCGCCAGCUAAGUGA